AUGGAAUUGUAGUUGCUGAUAGAGUUGUAUAUUUAGUUUUAAUAUUUUCAUGAUUUCAUAAUAAGUCAAUUAAGGUACAUCAACACCUACACAUUGUACAGUUUUAGAAAAUACUACUAAUUGGAAAGAAGAUUUAUUUUGGAAAUUCACUUAUUAUUAAUGUUACAAUUAUAGAAAUUGGUUUGGAUUAGUCAAAAUAUUAACUUGAGUUUAGAAUACGCAUAUUGUUGUAAACAGAGUUGGUGA